CGCAGGACAGCAGCAGUGCGCCACAAACGUCACACUUCCGGUUCCACCUCGCAGUACUUUAGCUACACCGACGGCGGGAAGUUAUUAUCAUCAAUUUAACUACAUUUCACCGAGGAUUAAACAGGCAAAUUUAUUAACGGUCGAUAGUUCACUACCUAAUGUUGAUGGAUCUGUAGCCGGAUAUACGCAAAAAUUAAAGAAAGCAUAGCGGUGGUGGAUUCAGCUAACAUGGCUACCGUCGGAAACCAGCUACCAACGCAGGCCGUUAGCAAGCCUACAUCUGGAAAACAUGGAAACGUACUGCCCCUGUGGGGCAACGAAAAGACUAUGAACCUUAACCCAAUGAUUCUUACCAACGUGCUGUCUUCGCCGUAUUUCAAAGUACAGCUUUAUGAGCUAAAGACCUACCAUGAAGUUGUGGACGAAAUCUAUUUCAAGGUGACUCACAUUGAGCCCUGGGAAAAAGGAAGCAGAAAGACUGCAGGCCAGACUGGAAUGUGCGGAGGGGUACGCGGAGUAGGCACGGGUGGGAUUGUUUCUACUGCUUUCUGUCUUCUAUACAAACUGUUUACUCUCAAGCUGACUCGCAAACAGCUCAUGGGCCUGAUUACACACACAGACUCUCCGUACAUCCGAGCCCUUGGUUUCAUGUAUAUAAGAUACACUCAGCCCCCAACAGAUUUGUUUGAAUGGUAUGACGGCUUCCUGGAUGAUGAGGAGGAGCUCGACGUAAAAGCAGGAGGUGGUUGUGUGAUGACCAUUGGAGAGAUGCUGCGCUCCUUCCUGACCAAACUGGAGUGGUUUUCCACACUGUUCCCCCGUAUCCCAGUGCCUGUGCAAAAAGUUAUUGACCAGCAAAUAAAGGCAAGGCCACGGAAGGUACCUCAGAAGGAGACGCAAGAGGACGAGGACGGGUUUGCAGAGUCGGGAAGGCAAGGAGAACGCCGGCGCUCCAGGACACCCAGGCGGACACCGAGCCCCCGUAGGUCGCCCAAACGGUCCAGGAGCAGGAGCCACCAUCGCGAGAGAGAGCGCCACGGGCCCAGCUUUGAUCGAGAGCUGGAGAGAGAGCGUGACCGGCAGAGGAAGGAGAGGGAAGGCAGGGACCGAGACAGGGAGAGGGGGGACAGAGGGGACAGGGAAAGGCGACGCUCCCGUAGCGCGGACAGAAACAGAGAGCGCAAGAGAAGCCGCAGCGGUAGCCGGGACCGUAGGAGCGAGCGCAAGGAGAAGGAAAGGGACGGCGGGGAUGACAGGAGCAGGAGGAAGGACAGGGAUCACCAUAAAGACAGAGGCACUGAGAGGGAGAGGUCCAGGGAUAAGAAGAGCAGGGGAGAGACUGACGACCGCAGGCACAAGGACGAUAGGGAAAGGCACAGGGACGAGAGGAAGGCCAAAAGGUCCAGCCGGAGUCGAAGCAGAGAGAGGAGACACAAAAGUGGGGCAGAGGAGAAGAGCAGGAAACGGGAGCGCAGCCACAGCAGGGAGAGGGACAGGGAGAGAGAUGGAGAACAGCGCUCUCACAAACGCAGUCGCAGCAAAGAGAGGAGCCACCAUCAGCGAGAGUCCAGCAAUGACCAUAGUAGACAUAGAAGCAGUCCGAGCAUCGAGUAAAUGCUGCCUUGCAGCAAUAUUACUUGUGUUUUUCCUCCUCUUUUUCUAUAUUCGGCUGUCUGCUCUGUCACUUGUGCUAAAAAGAAGGAACAGUUGCACAUCGGACAUUUGGAUUUGUUGUCUAUGGCUGAUGUUGCUUUAUGUUUUUCCGCUAUUUCACUCCCCAUUAGACCAUCGUUAGUCUUCACUUGAAUUCUGGAAAGUGGAAAAAAAAGGCAUUUUAAUUUUCUAUUUUUUGUUUUGUUGUCCCAGAAAGAUGGGGGUUUGUACAUAAUUUCUAAGGCUGUCUACACGCUGCACACGGGCAGAGUUGGACUUCCUGCUGGGCCGGAUGCCUUCAGUGCUAUACUAUCGCCAUGUAGAUUACACGAUUCAUGAAAAAUGACUGUAAUUACUUUCAGCCUGUGCAAAAGACCACAUGUGGUUACUCUUAAAAUUUGUCUGAUAUGCCUCUGUACACAAAUGGUUGAAGUUCAACACUUAACGUGAAGGCCAUGUGGCUCAGCUAAAGCAGAACAGUUCUGUCCGUGAUCACGUGUAGACGUCCUGAGAGCGUUUUAAUCCUCUCAAAUGCGGUCCGCAAAGGGUAAUUUUUACAAAACACACUUGAGCCCUGCUUGUGUUGUUUCGGUUAUUGCUCUGUUGCAUUUUGUUUUCUAAUAAAACACUUAAAAAAAAAAAAAA